GUUUGUGAUGAUGACGUCACGAGACCGACAGUUUAAAUGGCACCGUGGAUACUGUUGUUGUAAAUAAGAGGAUUUCUCUUCACUCAACUUGAAUUGAUUUGUGAUUUGUGUCUGGCGACCGAAGUGUCGCAUCCUUGAGAGAGUGUGGAUAGGGAUUAGAAUGGAGAAGAGGCACAAAACGGCCAGGAUAAGGAGGAAAAGCGCCGAAUAAAGCCAGGGAGAACGAGAGAGUCUGCGGUCCACCUGUGCGGACGUUGAGACUAUUGUUGUUUGGUAUUCUUAGACACUUUCACGAAAAUGGCUGAAUCAACUCAGCCAUCUAUUAUGCUCAACGCUCCAUGUCUGUUAGCCAUGCAGAAGUUGAAUACUGUGGUGAACCUCGUAUCUGUUUAGUUGGUUGCUUAGUGGAUGAUGCUGAAUGCUUAGAGGCAGCAAAGAAAUUCGGUGUUCCGUUGGUGUUCUCAGAGUCUGGACGAGAAUACAUUGCAGAUGGCAGUAGCUAUUGUACAUAUUUUAUUUUAGCUGAUUUUGAGUCCAAGGAGUUUGAGGAAUUGCAUGAAGCUAACGUCAGAAUAUUAGGUAAACCAGCUCUAAUAGAACUUGCUGCAGAUGGUUUACUGUCUUACAACCAACGGCCAGUGUUUUGCCAUGUAAUGAAAAAUGUGGUCUUAGUCUUUACAGGAUUUAGGAAGAAAGCUGAAGUUUCCAGGUUGCUAAAGCUUGUGCAUUACAUGGGUGGCAGCAUCAAGAAUGAAAUUCGAGAAAGUGUAACCCAUCUCUUAGCAUAUGCUUCAAUGGGGGAAAAAUAUCAGUAUGCCAUAACCUUCAACAUUCCUGUCAUGGGGGAGGAAUGGGUUAAGGCAGCCUGGGCUCAUCGGGAUGAAGUUGGUGCUCGAGGUGACACAGAGGCCAUGAUGAAGUACAAAUUAAAUGUAUUCCGCAACCUGAGAAUGGUUCUGGUUGGGUUUCCUCCUGAGGAACAGGGACAGAUGGAAGAUCUAGUCAGAAAAAAUGGAGGUUUCAUCACUACUCUGGAUGAUGCUACAGCAACACACGUGGUUAUAGAGGAGAGUGUGACAGACAAACCUGAAUGUCCAGCAAAAGCACAUGUUGUUAAGGCAGAAUGGUUUUGGACUUCUAUACAAAUGGAUACCUGUCCCAAUGAAAAGUUACAUCUUUUUGAGGAAAUGAAUGUUAGUAACAACUUUUUAAGCCCCCUUCAAAGAUACUCUUCUCCGAAUACUCCAGGCUCAAGAAGUAGAAGACGGAAAAGAGUGCGAGAAACUGUGCAGCAGCUAGCGCAGGAUGAUUCUUCAUCUGCUUUAGCCUCAGCACCACCUGCAAGCAAGCGAAGAUCAUCAGUUGGUGACUUAGCAUACCUAUCAGCUGAUGGCUCUUUUCUAGAUGAUACGGCUUCCACUCCAAAUAGGUUACCCUGUAUGAGGUUAAGCAAUGAGAUAGAUGGUAUUGAUCCUACUCCCUUAAGUCCUCCUCCAGUAGAUUUAAGACAACUUUCGGCACGACAACGAGUCUUCCACGAGUUGGUUAAAACAGAGUGCAACUACGUUUCCAUUUUGGAUACUAUAGAAAAAGUUAUCAAAGAACCAUUAGAAAACAUGAACCAACCAGGAGGCCACAUGCUUGAUGCUCAAGAAUUGAGAUAUAUAUUUGGCAAUUUACCUCCUAUUCAUGAAGUCCACAGAAGGAUGCGCAACGAUUUACUACACCUUGCUCACAAUUGGACUAAUGAUGCCAGCAUAGGUGAAAUUAUAUUAAAAUAUUCCAGUGAUUUAGAAAGAGCCUACCCACCAUUCAUUAACUUUUUUGAAAAUAUGAAAGAGAUGAUUCAGAAAAUAAGCAUAGAGAGACCAAGAUUUCAUGCUUUUCUCAAAAUAGCUCAGAAUAAACCAGAAUGUGGUAGACAGAGUUUUCAAGAACUCUUGAUCAGGCCUGUACAAAGAUUACCAUCAAUGAGCUUAUUAAUUAAUGAUAUCUUGAAACAUACAGACAAAGCAAGUCUAGAUCAUGCAGCUUUAGAACAGGCUCUUGAUGGGAUAAAGUCAGUUAUGACUUUUAUAAAUGAUGAUAAGCGGAAGACAGAGGCCAAGUUAAAACUCUUUGAGAUUCACAAUGACAUUGAGAUGUGUCCGCCAAAUCUUGUUGCAUCACAUAGAGUGUAUUUGAACAAAGUGGAUGUCACAGAGCUAAGUGAAACAUGUAGUGGAAGAGGGGAUACGUUAACAUUGUUUUUGUUCAGUGAUGUCCUAGAGAUUUGCAAAAAGAAGAGUAAAUACAACAGUAUCAAGAGUCCUAGUAGAGCUAAUCUACACACACUCAAAACAAUAAAGUCUUACAAACACCUGGAAAUGAUGAAUAUUUCAAAUAUCAAGAGGAUUGUUGAUAUUCGAGAAACUGAAGAUUGCCAUAAUGUCUUUGCUUUAAUUAUUAGAAGUAAUCAGGAACUCAAAGAAAGGCUAUUCACUUUCACCCUCACCUCAGAAGAAACUAGCAAAGCAGAAUUUUUGCGAAUGCUGUGCAGAACUGUUGCCAAUGUUGUGUGUCGAAAUGAUGUGGAAAAUUUUUUAGUAUCCAUGGAUCCACAUCACCUCGACAUUGAAACAAGUGAUGUCAGUCUCACCAAUGCUUUAAGUAAAGCACUCAGAUUUGCCACUCGUACAGGAAGAAAAGUGAGUCGAGCCUUCAGUUUUAAUAAAUCUCCAAGUAAACUAAAAAGAGCAGUUUCUACAGUUAUGAGCCCUUUUGGGAGCAUGUCACAGCCUUCAUCAAUGAGAGGGGCUACAAGUGUUAAUAAUCUUGCAGAUCUCUCUCUCUCAGGAACUCCUCCCACUGGGGGUUUUGCUCAACCCAUGACUACCCCCACCCCGCGCAGACGACCUCUCAAACACGCGCAUUGAAGACAGCACUGCCUUCAUGAUCCUACAAAAGAAGUGAUGCAGAGCAGGUGAUAACCGGCUGAUCAACAUCUCUACACAGUAUGUGAGAAGGUUGAGCAGGAUGAUGUGCUGACUGGACAACAUAUUGUUAAACAGUAGCUACAGGUGCCUGUGUUUUGGAAUUUUGAAUUUGAAGAAAAAGAAUUAACCACUUCAGACCAACAACAUUGUUACUUAAGUCUAAACCGAAAGUACAAAUCAGUGUGCAGUUGUUUUAAGCAGCUAACAUAUGCAAUCUUAUCUUAGGAAGUGGCUCUAGCAUUUCCCAUUUAUUUUUUGUACUUUUUUGUAGUUGAAACAUCACCAUGUAUUUUUUUUCUUCUUUACAGGCUUUUUAAAUAAUGAAGGUUGCUAUUUAUUGUGUAACUUCUUGGAUUAUCUUUCUCAAAGGAUGAUACUAAAGAAAUGUCUUCCAUGCCACAUUUUGUAGUGUAUAGUGUUACCAUAAAGCAGUUCAACAAUUUUGACAACAGGUGAUUUCUACAGUGAAAAGUAAUUGUGGCAUCAUUUUAUUAAUGGCUCAUGUAAAUGUUUUGCAAGAAUUUUUAAAAAUUGGUUUUGGAACUUGCAAUUUCAAGUAUUAGACCAAAUGAUGAUAACCAAUAAUAGUUUUAUUUAUUUAUUUAUUUUUUUUGGAAGCUAAGGAAAUGUAUUUACAUUUCAAAAGUUGGUGCUAUCUAGAUUGACUAUCUGUGUGAAAUUAUUAUUGAAAUAUUCCUUCAGACAGACUGCCAAAGGGAAUGUAAUUAUUUUGGGGUAGCAGAAAAGUUCACUAUUAACAGAAAUAUUCUCAUAUUGUAAAAAUUAUUUUAAACUUAUUUUUGUGUUGAAGUAAAUAUACAAUGAUUAUCAUAGUUUAUUCUUUGCUAUGUGACUCCCAAUGAAACCAUGGUGUCGUGAUUUCAUAAAGUAUACUUGUCCUAACAUCCAUUCCAUAUCUAAAUUGUGUUGACGAUGAUGUUGAAAGUCGUGCCUAUUGUUUUGUCCAAAGUUACUUCGCAUUGAAUACCAGAUAUUUUAAGUAGGUUUUUAUAUAUCUCUAUUUUUUGUAGAAGUUUGGUAUUUCUCAUAUGGAAAAUGAGAAUUCUGAAAUUGAACUUCUUUGGAAAUUCAAUGACCAUUAUUUUAUUUAUGGUCACUGAAUUUGCAGAGCAACAGAACAGUGAGGCUAGUUGCCUUUGUCUCCAUUAUUAGGUACAUUUUUUUCCAAGUUUUGGAAAUCUGAUCCUGUGUCCUAACUUGGUAUGUUAAGUAAAACUUUGUAUCAGUUGUUUGCACAGAAUUAUUCUAGUUGCUAAGCAGUCUGGAAUAUUUAGCAAUUUUCAGCAUAUCACUGUCCAUUUUGCAAAAUUUAUACCACAACAGAGUAUUAGUUUUUAUUAAUAAAAUGUAAAUAAAGUACAGUAUGGAAAAAAAAUGUCCAAUAGUAUUUCAUAGAUUUUUUGGCUAGCCCUAAAAAGUUCCAGAUUUCAACUGUAAAUCAAUUAUACUGUUUAAUUGUGAUAGUAAUGAUGAAUAUUUAUCAUGUGAAUAGUUAGAUUUCCCUUCAAAAAAACAAUGACUUUAAUUUACACCAUCAAAAUAAGUGGAAAAUGUAGAAGUGUUGAACUGAUGCGACCUGCUUAGUUAAAGUUUAUUUUUCAGGGUCUUGUAUGUUGUAUUUGUACCCAUUAGAUGUUUAGUAAAUAAUCCAAAUUUUGUUGUGCAAGCAUCAUUGUCAGAAAUGAGAUUCUCUUUUUUUUUUUUUUUUUUUUUUUUUUUUUUUUUUUGAAAGUCUCCCUCUCUCCCUCUCUUUUUUAUGAUGUUGGACUGGACCAUCUAAGGUUUAGUGUACCUGUUAUUUCUUAUGAGGUAUUUUGUUUUAUCCCCUCAUUCUUGUAAAUCUCAUAUUUUUUCCACAUCAUAAAUGACUGUCGUUUUAUAUUUAUAUAUAUAAAAGUAUAUAUUUACGUAUAAACUAUGUAAAGCAAUAUGUCUCUGAUCCAGUGUCGUUUUUUUAGUCUUUGACUACACAUAUAAUUUAUUCUUAUUGUCAUCAUGUAUAAUGCAUUAUCAUUGAGAGAAUGGAUUUAGUUUUGAAUAAUUGUAUAUUAGUAGACUUGAUUGUACAGUUUUUUGUUUCUGUAAGUCCAUUUUAAUUUUUGUUUUCAUUUAUCCAUUAUAGUCUUGCUUAAGUAGUACAGCACUCAAGAUUAGCUAGUAUGCCCUGACAAUAUUCACAAGUGCCCAUUCAGUGUCAUUUAAAGAAUUUAGUCUUUUAUAUAUAUAUGUACAUAUCUAGUUGACAGGUAAGCUGCAGAAGGUUCACUACUUUUUUGUCACUCGGUCUCUCCAUUACUUGUUACUAAUAUCUACCAAACUCCUUUAUGUAAUUGCUUAUGACUUGGAUAUUUUUCAUUUACAGGGUUCUUGUAGUAUCAAAUUUUAUUCUCAAGGAUGAUCGGUAGGCAGGCUAACCAAUAUAAUAAAAGACCAAUUUAUUGUAGAUGCCUCAUAAUUGUUUAGUAUUUUCCUUUUAUUAUAUUUGCCUCCAUUGGCUGUGUUGUUGAUCAUGUUCAAAAUUGGAUAGAAAUGCUUUAAAAAAUGUAUUUUAGGGAUUAUUUAUUGGUUGUUAGUAAUACUGUAGCUUUUGAAAAGUCAUUUAAUUCUUUUGAUUAACACCAGCAGUUGUGUAACAUCUUGAAUAAUUGUUUUGUGACUAGAAAGAUCUAAAGAGUAGGAAAAUGUAUUUGUAUUGUUUAAUAAAUGUAAAGAUUUAAGAAUGGAAUAAUAUACACUUUCCAUUAAGCAUGCAGUGCUCAAGGUAAUUUUCAUUGUUAAUUUACCCUUCAAACCUUUUUCUUAUUCCUAGUGUGAGAAAGCUGCAAGUGAAAACUCAAAUUUUGUCAAAAAAAAAAGAAAAAAAAAAUCGGGUCACUCAUAACACACAGAUGUAUAAUGUCCCGUUUCACUCAGAACACGUAGAUACAUAGUCCGGUUUCCCUCAGAACACUUGAAUACAAAAUGUCAGUGUUUAAGUUCUUUCUGCAAGUGUUCCUUAUUAUGAUCAUGUCAGUGUUCAUAAUACAGGCAGUCCCCAGUUAUUGGCAGACUCUGUUUAUGGCGAUCUGGUUUUAUGGCAUUUGUCUAGCGCCAUAAAAUCAGAGAUUUAUGAUGCCAUAAUGGGCCAAGUUUCGGUUAUCAACACCAUAAGGUGUCAGUAAUAGAGUUAGGCACCAUUAACCGAAAUGAGGUGCCAUAAGCCCCAUAAAUGCUGAGUUUCGGUUAAUGGCAGUUUUCACUUACCACCUUGCCGGAACGGAAACCACGCUGAUAACCAGGGACUGCCUGUAAUGAUUUUCCUAGAAAAAAACAUUGUCAUAGCAUUAUGCAGUAACAGCUUCUAAUAUUCUUAUCCAUCAGACUGAAUUCUUUACUGCUUUGUUCAUGUUUAUCUUUGAAAAUUGAUUUAUGGUGGUCUGCAGUUUUGGGCAAAAAAGGAAUUAAAUUGGAAUUUAUUUUCAUAGGACUGUAAUUUCCCUCUACUCAAAUCAUUUGCAAUUAAUCAUUCAUUUCAUAAUCAUGAUUGUUACUCUUCUCUGUAGUAUUAUCUCAUCUUUAUAUCAACAUUUUCUGUCUUUGUACUUGUAAUUAUGUGAUGUGUCUUAUGUGUGUGUUGUACAUAAAAUUAAAGUGGCGGCUAUUUAUAUUCCACCUAUGGAAAUUACCCCUUACUCUUUAAGAAAAUUAUGUCCUGUGAAAGAUAAAAUCAGUUGUAUGUUGUGAACUUUGUCCAAGCUUUCUUGUUUCUACAAGAGUUUUUGUAAAAUCAACUUCUUCUGUUACUGUCUGAACAUUCCAGUAUUUCUCUUGAUUACAGGCUGUACUAUGCAUCGAAUUUCUAUAUAAAUAAUGUAGGCUAUAAUUCAUAUAUUGUCUUCCAUAAAUGGUACUGUUAUUCGUUCAAUCAGGAAUGAACUAUUUUUCCGAAAGAUAGUGAAUAAAAAAACUUUGGA